AUGCCUCUACAAUCUUUAUUCGCAGCACCCCCAAACCCAAACGCGGGCAUGAUCAGCACCAUUCGCAGUGGAGCACAGACCGGAGCAUACCUCCAGAUGGCUUUGAGGCGUGCAGCAAUCGAAAUGUUCUCUCGUCUGUGGUCCAUGGGGGCCAGCACCUGGGCACCUCGCAAUCGCGACUCGUCUGAAUCAAACCACGGGGAGACUCGAGACGUGACUGAGCCAGAAAAAAAGGCCAGCCCCGGAGCGAUCAUGGCAGGCAAGGUGAAAGAUGCAAACAUAGUAACCAUGUCCCUGGGCGUAAAUAAAGCAUAA